AUGGGCGACACGGCGGGGUCGACGGCCGGCACCAAACCAAAUGUGCUCAUCAUUGGAGGCCUUGGUUACAUUGGACGCUUCCUGACCACCUACAUCCAUGCCAACUCGCUUGCCUCGACACUCAGGAUAGCAGACAAGCAAUUGCCGCAGCUGGCCUCGCUGGCCCCCGAACACAAGGAUGCCUGCAGCGACAACUUCAUGCAGGCCGAUGCCUCGCGACCACAAUCCCUGAGCCGUAUCUUCGACCUGCCCGACGGCCAGUCUUUUGACUACGUCUUCAACUGCGGUGGAGAGACACGCCACUCGCAAGACGACGAGGUCUACAAGUUACGGUCCUACGAGCUGUCUCUCAGCGUUGCCAAAGAGGCUGCUCGCCGCCAUGUAAAAGCCUACGUCGAGCUAUCCACUGGCCACGUCUACGACAGCAAACGCGAACCGCCGCGCAGAGAAACAGACAAACUCAAGCCCUCGCUCAAGCAGGCAAAGUGGAAGCUACAAGCCGAAGAAGACCUCAGCAAGAUCCCUGGCCUGCCGCUCGUCAUCCUCAGACUACCCAACGUCUACGGGCCCUAUGCUGGACAAUGGAUGGGCACUCAAUUGGCCCUCGCCCGUGUAUACCAAGGCAUUGAGAAAGAGUUGAAAUGGCUAUGGGGUCCUGAGCUGCGCACCCAUACCGUCCACAUCGACGAUGUCGUCCGCGCAUGCUGGACUGCAGCCGACUGGCGAGCAAAUCAAGCACAAUCCGGCGCAGCUGCUGACAGUGCUCCNCCCACACCUACCUCUCCCAUACCCAAGAAGGGCCCCAUGUCCUCGGCCUCGGUCUUCAACAUUGUCGACAAGGGUGAUACCAGCCAAGGAACAAUGGCCGAGAUUACCAAGGCUCUGUUCGGCAUCGAGACAGGUUUCCAAAACGUCCUCAUCAACACCUUUGCACGUCUCAACCUUGAGUCCGUUGUCGACGACGUCAAUGACGAGACUCUUGAUCCCUGGGCCGAACUACAAGAAAAAGCUGGUCUUGAGGGCGGCACUGGACCUCUGAGUCCCUUCAUGGAAAAGGAACUCUUGCGCGAAGCUGAUCUCUGCCUUGAUGGCAAAAAGUUCGAGCAGACUGUUGGAUUCAAGUAA